AUAAACCAGUAUAUGCCCAUCCUGCCAGCGCGUAGCGGCACGAUUAUUCGCCUUCAACAUAUCCUUUAGCCUACUGUCGGUCACACGUGUGCAUAAGGAGCAGUGUAAUUAAAUUAUGGACUGCUCGCAUUGAUGAUUUACUUUGAACAACUAAGAUGUCGCCAAAUUUAGAAGUAAAGAGAUUAACAGAUCAUGUGUUGAUAAAGAAAGAUGUUGAUGAGACAAAGGAGAAUGUGUUUGUACCAAGGUGGAGGUUUCCGGACCUCGGCGCACAGCUCUUUCUCCAUCUAGGCGGACUCUAUGGCCUCUACCUUGCUUUCACAUCUGCCAAAUGGCAAACAAACCUUUGGACUUUUUUCCUGGUAUAUGCGUCGGGUGUGGGAAUAACAGCAGGUGCCCACCGCCUUUGGUCUCAUAAGUCAUAUAAGGCGAAAUGGCCCUUGAGACUUUUGCUCGCAUUUUUGUUCACUAUCGCCGGGCAGAGACAUAUCUACAUGUGGGCACUUGAUCACCGAGUACAUCACAAGUACUCGGAGUCGGACUCGGACCCUCAUGACGCCAGAAGAGGAUUUUGGUUCUCCCAUGUGGGCUGGCUUGUUCUUACUCCAAAGCCGGAGGUAGAGGCAAAGAGAGCGCAGGUCGAUAUGUCAGACUUAGAACAUGAUCCGAUCGUCAUGUGGCAAAAAAGGUUAUUCAUCCCUCUCUUUGCUAUAAUCACCAUCGCUAUCCCAGUAUUGGUCCCUUGGUACUAUUGGGAUGAGGAUAUAAUAACAGCAUUCUUUCUUCCGUUUAAUACAAGAUUUUCGGCAACACUCAACAUUGCAUUUUCAGUCAAUAGUUUUGCACACAUGUAUGGAAAUAAGCCUUAUGACAAGUUUAUUAGCCCGGUUGAGAAUUGGUUUGUGAGUAUGUCAGCUUUGGGUGAAGGGUGGCACAACUAUCACCACGUCUUCCCCUGGGAUUAUAAAACUUCCGAGUUUGGGGCGUAUGCGUACAACCUCACAACUGGAUUUAUUGACCUGAUGGCGCGCAUUGGAUGGGCUUACGACAGGAAGACGGCAUCAUAUGAUAUGGUGAAACGCAAAGCUCUCAAAUCUGGGGACGGCACGUGGCCCAGCUCUUGGGGAUACGGCGACCCUGAUACACCAUAUGACCAAGUAGAACUUGUCGAUAAGAAAAAUUGAUUAUUUUAUAUAAGAAUCCUUAUUUAUUUGUUUUUAUUAUAAAGGCAAUUUUUUUUAAUGUAGUUACUAAAAGAGAUUUGUUUCAUUUUAAAGACCAACAAAUCACUAUAAGUGUAUUUUUUCUAUAUAAAAAAUUCUUGUAAAUAUAUUGACUAAAUAUAAUACACUAUAAAAGUACUAUUUAUUGUAUAUUUUUAUGUUAUUACAAAAGAUUAGAUUUUUAAUUAAAAUUUAAUUAACUGUAAAAUUAAUCAGAAGUGUAAAACCUAGGGACUGGCUUGAACAAAGACAGCAUAACAUUUAUUUUUACCUCUAUGUGCUAACAAUAAAAAUAUAUCCAUAUUAUUAAUCCUGCCAUUAAAACGUUAAUUGCAUACAUUCAAAAUAUAAUAUAAAAUAGCGAAAUACUGCUCAGUGA